GGAUAUCGCUAUUGUGACAUUUCAAACGUCAUACACUAAUGUUCAUUACUUCUUUGCUCAUAUCAUUGUUCUAUCCAAUAUUGUGUCACUUUUUUUUAGUGUCAACAAAUAGAUUUAAUGAAUACGUGUUAAUACAUUCCACUUCAGUAUUUGUUUUCUUUUUCUGCAGUGAACUCAUUAUCACGGCAUUAGACUAAUGAAUAAUUAAAAAAGGUUUCGUGGCACCAACUAAUCGAUAAACACUAGUCUUUCGAAAUAGGAUAAAAUUGAGGCGAACCAUGGAUUCGUCCCAGGGGAGUGCAUCAUCGGAGAAGAAAGGUGUUUUGGAGGGUCUCGAUCGCGAAGAACUGAUACGAAAAUGUAAAGGAUUACUUGGAAUUGCACAAAAAGCGAAAAAAGCCAAAGAUGAAUUGGCUAAUGAAGUAACAGCCUUGAAAGAAAAAAUAACCGAAUGUGAUACACAGAAACAGGCCGAUAAAGAAUGUCUGAAAACUAUGCAAAUGAUGGUUGAUGCAUUGACCGAAAACAAAUUGGAAGCCACCAACAAAAUUGACGAUUUAGAAAAAUCAGUGAAAAAAUUGAAUCAGCAGUUGAGCUUGCACAAUGAAAAGCUGGCCAAAUUAUCCGAGUUAGAAAUUGAAAAUGAAGCAAAAGAUAAACGCAUUCAACGAUUGACCGAUGAAAACGAAGAACAAGAAAUGGAUCUCCGGAAACUAGAUGAAAAACUCGCUAAAGUGUCUGAAUUGAGUCAACGUCAAACACAAGAGCUGCUGUUGCUUGAGCAAUCAAUUGAUAAAUGGAAAGCCAUGGAAGAUGCUUAUCAUAAGUUGCAACUCGAAAACAAAGAGCUACAAGCAAAAAUUGAGGCUGUGCAAUCGGUGACCAACAACGAAACCACAAUACCAAUCACUCAACACGAGGAUAUAGUGAAUGGUUUGCAAACGGAACGCAAUGAAAACCGUCGAUUGUACGAGGAAACGAAAUUCCAAUUGGAAGUGUUGAAUGAGGAAUUGGCAAAAUUAAAAGCAAACAACGAUGAUGAGGAAAAAAUUGAUGUGCUUAAAGAGCAGCUGAGACACGAAAACGAACAGCUGACGAAGCGAUGCGAUGAACAAGCCGUCAAAAUCGAUAAAUACAAGGGAAAAGUGUGCGAAUUUUCUAGUAAAUUGAAAGAGGUGAAACAAUCAAAGAAAUUAUUGGCCGACACUGUUUUUGAGUAUUCGAAAUCGGUGACAAAGUGGCACGUACAAAUAUCACAUGCAUCGAAAUUGCUAGUAAAAGAAGUGGACAGUUUGAAUAAAACUAAAGUUGAACUCAAAAAACAAGUCGAAAGUGGUGAGUUAACCGUGCAAGAGCUGAGAAAAACUAUCGAUGAUUUGGAACUUCGUCUUGAGGAAGCCGCAAAAAUGAAUGAUACUGGCGAUGUUAAGGAGAAAUAUGAAAUGUUGCUCACCGAAUACAAGUCGCUUCAAACAGAUAUUGGAAACAAAAACUCCGAAAUCGCCAACUUGACACAGGAAUGGGAACAGAUUUGUACAUCAUUAAAAGAGGAAAACGAAACUCGCGGCUCGGAAAUUGAGAAACUCGUCAAGGAUUGCCAGAAUAAAACGCAACAAAUAUGCAAACUCGAACAAAAGGAAGCAUUGGCCACCACGAAAAACGCCGAACUUUUGGUUGAAUCGAAUCGCUUGAGCGAUAUGGUACAAGACUUGCAGAAAACAAUCGAUGAAUUGGAGGCGAGACAAGAUUCUGAUGCUGCCAAAAAUAACGAAACUAAUGAUAUCAAAGAAGAGCAUGAACAGUUGUUGACAAAGUGCAAUUCACUUCAGAAGGAAAUUGAAGAUAAAAAUUCCGCAAUUGAUGACUUAAACAGGGAGUCGGAUCGGAUUUCUGCCUUGUUGAAGGGAGAAAAUGAAAAGUUAGUGGCUGAAGUUCAAAGACUAAACGAGGAGACUCAGCUGAAAGCCCAACAAAUAACCGAUAUCGAAGAGAAAGAAACCCUGGCCAAUAACAAGUACGCUAAACUGUUGGACGAAUCGAAUAAAAUGGUACAAGAGUUGAAGAAAACGAUUGAUGUUUCCGAGUCUCGUCUUGCGGCUGCUUCAAAGAACGAUAAAAUCCGAGAGAAAUAUGACAAAUUGCAAACGGAGUACAAGGCUCUUCAGGAUGAAAUUGUUGAUAAAAAUUCACAAAUCGACAACUUAAAGCAGGAGUUGGAACGUAUUUCUGCUCUAUUAAUGGAAGAAACCGAAAAAAUGGCUUCUGACGUUCAACGACUUAACGAAGAAUCUCAGGUUAAAUCACAACAGCUAUCUGAUCUUGAAGAGAAAGCAGCUGUGGCAAACAACAAGAAUGCUGAACUAUCUCAUGAAAAGGAUGUAUUGAACGAAAUGGUAGAAGAGUUGAGAAAAACCAUUGGUGACUUAGAGUCUCGUCUUGCGGAUACUUCAAAAACUGAUGAAGUCAGUGAGAGAUACGAAAAAUUGCAAACGCAGUACGAGGCCAUUCAGAAGGAGAUCGAAAGUAAAAAUAUGGAAAUUGUCAACUUGGCAGAGGAAUCGAAACGUAUCUCUGAUUCGUUCAAGGAACAGAUUGCAGAACAAGUUGCAGAAAUCGAAAAACUUACCGAUGAAUGUCAAGUCAAAUCUAAACAAAUAGCUGAGCUUGAAGAGAUUGAAGGUGUUGCCAAUAAGAAAAACGCCGAACUUUUGGCUGAAAUGCGUGAAUUGAAUGAUGUGAUGAAGAAACGUGGCGAAGUUAUAUCGAAUCAGAACGCUGAAAUCGAUGAAUUGAGCGCCAAACUCGAUGGCCAGUCAAAGCAGAUCAGUUCAUUGGAAGAGGGCGUCAAAGAGAAAACCAAAAUAAUUGACCAAAUGCGCAAUCAAUUUGAUAAUCAAAGCGAAAUAUUGUCAACAUCUACUAUUUCAAGGGCCGAUGAGGUGGCUCGAAUGAGAGACAUCGAAGAUAGUUUUGAGGAAAAGUAUAACAAAUUGCGCGGUUUGGCCCUGAAAUUGAAGAAAAAAAUCGCUGAACAACAGGCCAUCAUCACUAAGCUUGAAUCAGCUCAACCAACACCCACUGAAACAUGUAACACCGUUACUGCUCCUGCUCCAAUGCCCGCUCCGGCACAAGCACAAAAUCUAAUAUUACUUCAAAAAGAAAACGAUCGACUACUUGAUCAAAUCGACGCAAUGAAAUCGGAACAAAAGCAAUACAAAUCUGAGAUUAACCAAUUGAAUCAACAGAUUAAAAAGGUUGAGGAAGAAAUAAAAUCGCUGAGAAUCGUGAAUGAAGAUAUUAAAGCAACUGCCGAUAACAAUCUUAAAAUCAAAAGUGCCUUAGACGAACAGAUCAGGGCUGGCGAAAAGCAAAUUGAAACGUUGAAGAAUGACAACAAAUCUGUGGCACAACAGUUGAAAAAUGCCGAGAAUGAAAUUAUCAAAAUAAAAGAUGUGGUAAAACAAAAGGAGAAUGAAGUCUCGCAGAAAGCCGAAGAAGUGUCGAAAAUCAAGGCCGAGAUGAACAAAUUGAAGGCAACGAUGAAGAAGAGCAGCGUCUUGAAUUUGGAAGUUGAAGCCUAUGAAAAAUCACUCACUGAAGUGUCGUUGAAGUAUGAGUCGACGGUGAAGCAGUUAUCCGAAGCAAAAACUGAAAUCGAGACACACCAGGCCGCCAUCAAGAAGCUAAACACCGACAUUCAAACUCUGACCAACCAACUCGAACUGGAAAAACAGAACUCAAGCGAAUAUCAACAACAAACCGAGCUGCAGCGAAUCAAACUGAAGGAAAAUACUUCGGAGAUUUCUGAAUUAAAGCGGUUUAUUGACGAUCACGUUAAAGAAGCGAAUCAUAUCAAAAUCGAGCUCACCAAUUUGCAAUCUGCUCAGUCGGAAAAUGAAAUCGAAAAACAGAGAUUUAUUUCCAAACUCAAGACCGAGAAUGAAAAUAAUGUUACCAAGAUUUUAUCGCUUGAAGAAGAAGUUCGUGAUCUGCGAUCAAAAUUGAAUAAUUGUGAGCAGGAAUUGGCUAAUGUUCAAACCGAUUUUGCGAGCUAUAAGGUUAAAGCACAGGCAGUUUUGCGACAGAACCAAUCUAAGGAUUCGAGCAAUGAAGAAGAGCUAAAAGAAGAGUUGGCCAUUUUAACGCAAACAAAAGAGGACUUGAAUGCUAAAUUGGUACACGCCGCUGAACAGCAACGCCGACUGGAGAACACCAUCGAAGAGCUAAAGGGUGAAAAGAGCAAUUUACAGGAUCGAUGCAAAAAAUUACUUCAAUUGCUCGAUGAAACAACACAUGAAACGCGUCAACAAAUCGAACAAAUGCAAUCAGAAAAUCGUAAACAAACUCAAGACCACCAUGAAGCCCUGAAGAUGCAUCGCUUGCAAGCUGAGACCCUGAACAAUUGCUUCAAAAAUCAAAUCGAAGAAAUAAAAAAGAAACACGGAGAAGAAAUUGCAGCAUUGAAAUCGACAAAAGAAGCAAAGAAUGCUGAUGUUUCGGAUACGGGGUUGAGCCUAUCCAAAGGCGCGCAAUUAACUACCGAGCAGCGCAUUGAGCUACUUAUGAUGGAACGGCAAGAUGGUGAAGGCUCCGAAUGCACAUCGUCUACAAAUCAGAGAAAAACAUCCAACGCACGCGGCAAGCACGAGGUAAUUCCAUUAGAUGAACUCUUGAAUAACACAUUCGAUGAAGAAUUGGAAAUAACUGAGCACAACGAAGAAAAAUCCGUUCCCAAAGAGAAGUUUGAAGCCCAGCAGAGCCGUGUGAAACAUUUGUCAACAUUACUUUCGGAGGCUGAAAUGGAUGUGGCUCGAUUGACUGAGAUGAACACUAUGCUGAAGGAAGAGCUACGACGCCAGGAGCGAUCGACAGAACGCGAAAAAGAAAUGAAGAAUUUGGAGUAUAUGAAAAAUGUCAUUUUCAAGUUUUUGACGAUAAACAAUGCCGAUGAACGAGCACAUUUGGUGCCAGUAUUAAACAUUAUUCUGAAAUUAAGCCCAGAUGAAAAUAAAACAUUGCAAUCGGUGGCAAGAGGUGGUGAUGGAAGCCAAUCUAGUUGGAGCAAUCUACUGCCAAUGUGGUAGCCUUUUCAAUAAAACCUUAUUAAAUAUACAUGAUACACAAACACACACCUUCUCAUUCGUCCAAUAUUCUUGUGUAAAAAUUUAUUGUGUCCAAGAUGAUGGAAUAAAAAUCCAACGGUUUUAACUUAAAAA